GUUGUACUCCGACUAUCUCUACUUUGGGAUCACUAAUAAGUCUGCGGAGGACUUCCAGGACAAGGUGUCCGAGUCUCUCCAGCUGUUUGAAGGGUGCCUGACAGAGUACACCAUGCGCUCCUGUGUGUACAACACUACGCUCAACAACGCCAUGCCAGUCAGGUUGCAGGUGGGCCUGUACAUAGUCUACAUACUAGACUGGUUGACAGUCUACAGUAGAGAACAGAUUCUGGUCCUUCGGCUCGAAGACCACGCCUCCAACAGGAAGUACACAAUGCACCAAGUCUUUGACUUCCUCAACCUGGGUCUGUUGACGGAGCAGAAGGAGGCAGAGAUCACUAAAAGUCCCGCCUCCAACACACGGCGGCCAGCGGAUAAGAACCUCGGACCCAUGCUCCCCGUAACCAAGGAGAUACUGAGGGACUUCUACACUCCGUUCAACAAGAAACUGGCCAAGGUGCUCCGCAACGACUCCUUCAGAUGGGACAACCAUUCAGAACUCAUAUAAAGACUUGUUUUAAUGGGGAAGCCAUUCAGAACUCAUAUAAAGACUUGUUUUAAUGGGGAAGCCAUUCAGAACUCAUAUAAAGACUUGUUUUAAUGGGGAAGCCAUUCAGAACUCAUAUAAAGACUUGUUUUAAUGGGACAACCAUUCAGAACUCAUAUAAAGACUUGUUUUAAUGGGGAAGCCAUUCAGAACUCAUAUAAAGACUUGUUUUAAUGGGGAAGCCAUUCAGAACUCAUAUAAAGACUUGUUUUAAUGGGGAAGCCAUUCAGAACUCAUAUAAAGACUUGUUUUAAUGGGGAAGCCAUUCAGAACUCAUAUAAAGACUUGUUUU